UUUGAUAAAAUCUCCCUUCCCUCCCCCCUCUCUCUCUCUCCGAGCAUUCGAAGCAGCAGAGAUGGCGAGGAUAGCUCGCAAUCACCUUAUCCCCGCUCUGAGCAUCCUCCCAACCAAGUCAUGCCUCUCCGCGAACCCCUCUCUCUUCGCGAGCCGCCCUCACUCGACCCCAGUCCUCGGGUUCCGCAGGUGCUUCUCUUGUCCCUCCAGGCUGAGCAUGAGCCUGAAAGCCGGCAUCGUCGGCCUCCCCAACGUCGGCAAAUCCACUCUCUUCAACGCCGUUGUUGAGAAUGGAAAAGCUCAAGCUGCUAAUUUUCCAUUCUGUACCAUAGAGCCCAAUGUAGGGAUCGUCGCUGUGCCAGAUCCCCGUCUGCAUGUCCUCUCUGACCUCAGUAAAUCUCAGCGAGCAGUCCCAGCCUCUAUAGAAUUCGUGGAUAUUGCUGGUCUCGUCAAAGGUGCAAGUCAAGGGGAGGGGCUGGGCAAUAAGUUUCUGUCUCAUAUUCGCGAAGUGGACUCCAUACUUCAGGUGGUACGCUGUUUUGAAGACAAUGACAUCGUUCACGUGAAUGGAAAAGUUGAUCCAAAGUCUGACAUUGAUGUGAUUAACUUGGAGCUCAUAUUUUCCGAUCUGGAUCAGAUUCAGAAGAGACUGGAGAAACUGAAAAAAGGCAAAGCAAGGGAUUCUCAAUCAAAAAUUAAGGAGGAUGCAGAGAAGUCUGCCUUGGAAAAAAUUGAGCAAGCUCUCAUGGAUGGAAAACCUGCACGAUCAGCAAGUUUAACUGAUUUUGAAAAUGAUGCCAUCAAGCAUCUUUGCUUGCUUACAAUGAAACCAGUAAUUUAUGUGGCCAAUGUUGCAGAAUCCGAAUUAGCUGAACCCGCAAAUAAUCCUUAUGUGAAAGAGGUUAUGAAUCUUGCAUCUGAGUUGAAAUCAGGACUAGUGACAAUUUCAGCACAGGUUGAGGCAGAGCUUACUGAACUUCCAUCUGAAGAGAGAACGGAGUAUCUGAAAUCUCUUGGUGUUAGUGAAAGUGGGCUUGGGAAUCUGAUAAGAGCAACAUAUGGACUUUUAGGCUUGCGUACGUACUUCACUUCGGGCGAGAAGGAAACAAAGGCGUGGACUAUCUUGGCAGGAAUGACUGCACCUCAAGCUGCAGGAGUCAUCCACUCAGACUUUGAAAAAGGGUUCAUUCGAGCUGAGACGGUAGCUUAUGAUGAUUUUGUUACUGCUGGAUCAUUUGCUGCUGCAAGGGAGAAAGGAGUAUUGAGAUCGGAGGGUAAAGAUUACGUUGUCCGAGAAGGAGAUGUGAUGCUAUUUCGCUUUAAUGUGUGAAGCUGUCCCGAUAUUUCUCUUUAUAGGCUACCAAUGAAGCCGGUAGGCUGGUAGCGGUGGUCCUUUGUUGAUGAGCGGUUUUCGGCACAUGACCUCAGAUGCAUCAUCGAGUUGACUUCGGUGGAAUGCAUCAGUGUUGAGUUACAGAGGGAAUGGCAGUUUUGCUUGCGGAGUAGCUUCCUAUUACCAAUAGAUGUACCUUGAGAAAAUCGUAUCAUUUUUUUGCCUUUCUCCCAAAGAAAGAAAGGGUCUGAAACUGAAGUCUUAUACACAGUUGUUUAAUCCUUUUAUACGAAUGAGAGGCAAAGUUUUAAAUGAAUGGACUCUUGG